CCGGAAUCUUUUUGGUUCGAGGAGAGCCGCCUAUUUCUGCAUCCGCGACAGCAUAAAACUCACCUUUUCUCUUCGGGUGGUCGAAGAUGGCUUCGUCGUGGUCGUCAUCAUCGUUAUCUUCAUGGUCUCCUCGUAGCUCAACCUUCUCUGUAUCUUCCUCUUCCUUCUCCUCUCUCCCACCCAAAUUCAAACUUCCCGCCAAGCCUCGGCACAGUGCCUUCCAUGUCUCAGCGCCCUCCCUUACUUCUCUCAGCCGCAGCCCGGCUUCCGACCGCAUUUUGGUUUCCGGCCGGAGAGGGCUGAUGUCCACAGCCACACUGCCGCUUCUGCUGCAGCUGCGUGAAUUCAUCGAGGGUUCCUUCCCUGAGACUGCUGCAGAGUUAAAUGAGAAUUACUUGACGAUUAUAAAGGAGGAGAUAAGAAAGGUAGUUUCCAAGGGCAAGGCUGCGGGUAUGCUUCGUUUGGUAUUUCAUGAUGCUGGGACUUACGAAAUGUAUGAAAAUUCAGGUGGCAUGAAUGGGUCAAUAGUUUAUGAACUUGACAGGCCUGAAAAUGCUGGACUAAAGAAAUCUCUUAAGGUUCUGGAGAAAGCUAAGACUGAAGUGGAUGCAAAACAACAAGUUUCCUGGGCGGACAUGAUUGCUGUCGCUGGAGCUGAAGCAAUUUCAAUUUGUGGUGGUCCUACUAUCCCUGUUACACUAGGCCGGCUUGAUUCUCUGGACCCUGAUUCUCCUGGAAGACUCCCUCAAGAAUCUCUGGAUGCCUCCGCUUUAAAGCAGUGCUUUCAGAUGAAGGGCUUAUCGACUCAGGAACUCGUUACGUUGUCUGGAGCGCAUACGCUUGGUGGUAAAGGCUUUGGCAAUCCAAAUGUUUUCGACAAUUCCUACUACAAGAUUCUUCUCGAGAAGCCAUGGUCGUCUGCAGCUGGAAUGUCGAGCAUGAUUGGACUCCCUUCAGAUCGUGCACUUGCCGAGGACAACGAAUGCUUAAGAUGGAUCAAAGCAUAUGCUGACGAUCAGAACCUGUUCUUCAAGGAUUUCAAGGAUGCAUAUAUCAAGUUAGUUAAUUCAGGCGCAAAGUGGAGAAGCCCCUGAAAUCUUUACAGAAGUGGAGCAAAUUUUUGUUGGAUCAAAUAUGGGAGCCGAUUCAAUUAUGUGAUGCUCGUGGAAUCGCUACUUGUUAUAAAUGGGUGCAAGGCAAGUUCUUAAGCCUCCUCGGCUUGUGGAUGUUAGGAGUGGGUUUCGGUUUUGGAAUUCCUUGAAGUUGGAAAACUUACAUUUUGAAACCUCCUUUCGAUGAGAGCAUUUUGCAAAAAGUA